AUGAUUGCACGCCAACAGAUAAAAAGCACAACGAUAAAAUUUCUUUUAUUAGCUUUUCUUUCUCUUUCUUUCUUUCAUUCUUUCUCUUUCUUUCUUUCUCUUUCUUUCUUUCUUUCUUUCUCAUUCUUUUUUCUUUCUUUCUUUCUUUUUUAUUUUCAUUUCGUGCUUUUGCUUUCUUUAAUAUUUUCUUUCUUUUUUCUUUCUUCUGUGUUUCUUUUUUUCAUUCUUUAUCUGAUUGCGUUUGGAACUUUUCUUUCUCUUUUCUUUCUUUCUUUCUUUCUUUCUCUUUCUUUCUUUCUUUUUUAUUUUCAUUUCCUUUUCUUUCUCUUUCUUUCUUUCUCUUUCUUUCUUUCUUUCUCUUUCUUUCUUUCUGUCUUUGUUUCUGAAUUUCUUUCGAGUUUUUUCUUUCGUUCCUUCUUUUUCCUUUAUUUAUUUCGAUUCUUUCUUUUCUUUCUUUCUUUUCUUUCUUUCUUUUCUUUCUUUCUAUUUAUUUUUACUUCCUUUAAUAAUUUCUUUCUUUCUUCCUCUUCAUCGAUAUUUUCUUUCUUUUUCUCUUUCUCUCUAUUUCUUUUUUCUCUGUUUCAUAAUUUCUUUGGCAGUUUUUCUUUUCUUUCAACCAUUUUUAUUUCUUCUGUUUGUUGUAGAGUUCGUUUCUUUCUCUCUUUCUUUUUCUUUUUUAUUUUGUUUCUUUUCCUUUUUCUAACUCUCCUUAAUCAUUUGUCUUUCUCUCAUUUUUUCUUUUCUUUUUUUAUUUUAUCUUUACUGCCCAUCUCUUUAGUUCUGAGUCAUAUCCUUUCUUUUUUUUCCGUUUUUGUCGCUUUCUUGUUUAUCCACUCACGCUCCCUUCUUUACUUCUUUCUUCCUUUCUUUUUCUCUUUUGCUUACUUUUAUUGCAGCCUGUUUGUUCUUUCCAUCAUUUUAUAUCUUAAUUCUUUUGUAACUUUCUUUCUUUCUUUCUUUCUUUCUUUCUUUCUUUCUUUCUUUCUUUCUAUUCCCGCUUUCUUUAUAUCAAUAUCCUUUACCUCGUCCUUUCGUCCAUUUCAACAUAUUUCUUUUACUCUCAGGAAAUGCUUACUUAGUUUUUUACCUUCUUUUUCAGGCUUUCUAUUAUUUAUUUUCGUUUUUACCUUUCUUUCUUUCUUUCUUUCUUUCUUUCUUUCUUUCUUUCUUCCUUUCUUUCUUUUAGCUCACUAUCCUUUCUUUCUUUCUUUCUUUCUUUUACAAUUUCACUCGUUCAUUUUUUUAGUCCAGAAAUUUUUGCAUGUUCAUCAUUUUUUGUAUAUGAUGAUUGCACUGAAAUAG